AUGUCCACUGAAGAGCCCUCUGCGUUGGAGACUGCUGAGCAGCGUGCAGAAGAGAACUUUCUCCAGAAUGAUGAUGACAAGGAGCUUCCUGAUACGGUUGGUGAGGAAAACAUAGAAGACGACCAGGACCCACAAAACGAUGUUUCUGGAGUCGACGAGGCCCAGCCGGAGCCCCAGUUCGAUCCCGAGCUUCCUCAGGAGGAGCGUCAGGAGUACGACGACGAAGACAUCUACAGCAUGCAGAGCCACAAGAAUGCUCUGGGCGAACAGACGAAAAAGAAGAAUAUCAGAAGAACCGCCAAAGACGAGCUGGCCACGCCGGCACCCGAGGCCCUGUUUCCUGCUACAUACGAGGAGGAUGACGGUAUCGACUACCUGAACGAGGAUCCUGCGGCCAGAAGACGCCGUUUGUUGGAGGAGAAGAUGGACCAGGCGGUGAAAAACAAGACAGUGAGAAGAAAGAAGGCCGACGAGGACGACUUGGAGCGCAUGCAAGACGACAGGAUUGAUUUCUUGAAGAACAAGAUGAUUGAGGCUGCUAACCUCGACGUGGAAAAGAACUCCAACGGGCAGAUUGCCACGGAAAAGCUCAAGCUUCUAAGAGAGGUGAUUGACACCAUGAGCAAGGCCGACUUGGCCAUUUCCAUUUUGGACAACAACCUUCUUGAGGCCGUGCGUUUGUGGCUUGAGCCCUUGCCUGACGCCUCCAUGCCUGCCUAUCAGAUCCAGAAAGAGUUGAUACACUCCCUCACAACUUUGCCUAUCAAGACCGACCACUUGGUCGCUUCUGGCAUUGGUAAGGUUUUGGUUUUUUACCAGCGCAGUAAGCGUACAGAGCCCACAUUAAAGAAGAUCGUCGAUCGUUUGAUCGGCGACUGGACCAGACCCAUUCUCAACAAGUCAGACUCAUACAAGGAUAGAACCAUCCGUUUCCACGACUACAACAAGCUGCGCUUCCUGAACCAGUUGCAGCUGAAGAAGCGUUCCAAGCAGAUCGAGCCCAAGUCGCUUUACGAGCAGCAGGCUGAGCGCAGAAACAGAGCCGCCAUUCCAAGUGCUAGAACCACCGCGUACAAGAUCGCUCCAAGAGUGGAUCCUAGCUUAUUGGCCAGACAGGGUAGGGGUGGCACUGACGAGCGUUUCACCAGAAUCAACCGUAAGAUGACCAACUCGCGUAAGAAGCUGGUCAAGAAAAGCGGACCUUCCAUUGAGGGCAAGAACCUCUCCAUGUAA